CUACCAACUGAGCUACGCCCGCCAAGAUAUAAAAUUUCUAACAUAAGAGCGCAAAUAGUCAAUUGAUUAUUUAACUCUCCUUUUGCAGAGGGUUUUAAGUUUAGCCAAUAAAUAUUUUCAUUGAUACUUUUACCAUUAUAGUUAAUUGUAUUGACACUAAUGAAGUAGUGGUAUGUUUAAAAGUAUUUUCACAUUUAGUUUUUUUACGGCUAUUUCAAGGAUCUCAGGGUUAAUAAGAGAUGUAUUGAUUGCUACAGUUAUUGGUGCAAACUCUCUUGCAGACAUAUUUUUUUCUUCGUUUCGCUUUGCCAAUCUAUUUCGAGCAUUUUUUGCAGAAGGAGCGUUCACUACCUCAUUCAUACCGUUAUACUCGACAGAAUCAUAUGAUAAUAAGAAGGCAUUUAAUUUUGCAAGUAGUGUAAUAUCCAUUACGUUUAUUAUCUUAGUAAUUUUUUGCUUUAUCAUGCAAACUUUCUCCCCUUAUAUGAUUCAAAUUUUUGCUCCUGGAUUUGACCAAAGUAAGUUUACCCUUACUGUUACUUUAUCAAGAAUUAUGAUGCCCUACAUAAUCUUUGUUUCAAUUGCAUCACUUAUUGGUGGAAUGCUGCAAGUAAAGCAGCAUUUUGCUUCAACAGCUAUUGCACCAAUCGUUUUGAAUCUCUGUUUAAUCAUCAGUUUGUUUGUGCCUUACGUAAAAACUCCAGCGCACAACCUUUCUAUAGCUGUUCUUAUAGGAGGAAUUUUCCAGCUACUUUUGAUACUAUUUAGUGCAUACAAGUUAAAGGCAGCUUUUUCUUUUAGCCUUGAAUUAAGCAAUGAAGUAAGGUUGUUUUUUAAGCGUGUGAUACCUGCAAUUAUCAACAAUUGUGUAACUCAAAUAAGCUUAUGGAUUGAUACAAUAAUGGCAAGUUUUAUACCAAAUGCGGUGUCUUAUAUAUAUUAUGCCGAUAGACUAAAUCAACUACCGCAGGGAAUAAUCGGUACUGCAAUUGGUACAGUGCUUCUUCCUCUAAUUUCAAAACAGGUGAAUAAUACUGAAAAUAUAGUCAAAAUACAGAACAAGGCUCUCAACAUAGGAUUAAUGUUAAUUAUGCCAACAACUGCUGCCUUUAUCAUUAUUCCCGACAUAAUUUUACUUACGCUUUUUUCUUACGGCCGGUUUGAUCAUUAUGCAGUGCAGCAAACUGUUCCCACUUUAAUAGCAUUUUCUCUUUCUUUACCUGCAUUUAUUAUAAAUAAAGUAUUGCUACCUACAUUUUUUGCUAAAGGCAAUCUGAAAAUACCAACCAUAUUUUCGCUAAUGUGUCUUGGAAUUAAUGUAGUGCUAAACCUUUUGUUAAUGAACAAGUAUCAGCAUACGGGGAUUGCUAUUGCUACUUCCGUUUCCACUUGGAUAAACUCCAUUCUAUUAAUUAGUUAUUUAACAAUAAAUAAGAUGUAUAAGGUUAGCCAAGCGUUAUUGUUAAAUAUCAUGAAAAUUUUUGUAGCAACGGCAGUCAUGUCAAUAGCCCUUUAUAUUUUUAAUUCUUUGUUGGCAGGAUUAUUUUUUGAUAAAAUGUUGGCUCGUAUUGUUUAUUUAGCGACUUUAAUAGCUUUGAGUGUUAUUGUUUAUUUUGGUACUCUUUACUUAACUUUUAGAGGAAGUUUGAAUAAUUUGAAAUAUGUAUAAACCAGAUCUUUUGCUAAAGGAACAGCAAACGGUGUCAUCCCAGUGCUUGACACUGGGAUCCAGAAAUUUUGUUGAUUGUAUGAUCUGGAAAACCUUGUUUAAGUCACACUGGAUUUCAGUGUCACACAUACAACUGUAUGAGUGUUGUGAUUUGAAAGCAAUUUCCACCGGGAAGGGUGUCAUCCCAGUGCUUGACUACUUGGAUCCAGCUUCUCAUGCAACCUCAUCAAAAAUGUUGUGUUUUAACAUAAGAUUAGCUACUUUUUUGCUAACCAACUUAAUGUCUAAUCAAAUUUUCUGGAUCCCAGUGUCAAGCACUGGGAUGACAGGAGUGGGUGCUGGGAUGACAGGAAUAGGCACUGGGAUGACAAGACGAAGAGAUGCCGGAAUGAGAGUCCUUCUUCAUGUUGCUGCAACUUUUAAGGAUUGGAGUGGCUACAGGCAAUAUAUCAUAAAAGAGUUGGAGAAGACGUAUGAUGCUAAAGUGCAUAUUGGAGGGAAAGUUGAAGUUUCACUCAUUACUCCAAAGCUCACUAUUUAUAAUGUAUAUGUACAAUACAACGAAAAUAAAGAGCAAAAGUUAUCAGAUUUAAUUAGUGUAAGAAAAAUUGAAAUAAGACCAUCGUUCCUAUCGUUGUUUUUAUUUUCGUUGCAACCAAAGUCAAUCACAUUGUUUGGCAUGAAAAGCAAUAAAGAAAAUUUAAUUAAUAUUAUAAAUACAAAAGCCAGUGGUAACACAGUCGAUAUAGUAAUAAAAGACAGCCAAGUAAGUUUUAAGAGUGAUUUCGCUGAUAUUGUUAACAUAAAGGAGG